CCCGACUCGCAGGACCGGGCCCCGGCCGCGCCGUUGGGGAGCGGGCCCCGCGGGGCGGGGCGGGAGCCGCCGCGGAGCCUUCCGGCAGCCGCGACCAUGUCGGACCCGGCGCCCAAAGUUCCCGAUGAGAUGUUCCGAGAGGUCAAGUACUACGCGGUGGGCGACAUCGACCCGCAGGUUAUCCAGCUUCUGAAAGCUGGGAAAGCGAAGGAAGUGUCCUACAACGCGCUAGCCUCACACAUAAUCUCAGAGGACGGGGACAAUCCUGAGGUUGGAGAAGCUCGGGAAGUCUUUGACUUACCUGUCGUUAAGCCGUCUUGGGUGAUAUUGUCCGUUCAGUGUGGAGCUCUUCUGCCAGUGAAUGGUUUUUCUCCAGAGUCGUGUCAGAUCUUUUUUGGAAUCACUGCGUGCCUCUCCCAGGUGUCGUCUGAAGACAGGAGCGCCCUGUGGGCUUUGCUCACUUUCUAUGGGGGGAACUGCCAGCUGCACCUCAACAAGAAAUGCACGCAUCUGGUGGUCCCCGAACCGAAGGGGGAGAAAUACGAAUGUGCUUUAAAGAGAGCAAGUAUUAAAAUUGUUACCCCCGACUGGGUCCUGGAUUGCAUAUCUGAAAAAACCAAAAAGGAUGAAGCAUUUUACCAUCCUCGCCUCGUUAUCUACGAAGAGGAAGAAGAGGAAGAGGAGGAGGAGGAGGAGGAGGUAGAAAAUGAGGAGCAGGAUUCCCCCAACGAGGGGAGUACCGACGAGAAAUCGAGCCCUGCCAGUUCUCGAGAAGGGUCCCCUUCCGGUGCCCAGCGGUUCUCACCCAAGUCAAACACCGAAAAACCCAAAGGGGAGUUGAUGUUUGACGACUCUUCGGAUUCGUCGCCUGAGAAACAGGAGCGAAACUUAAACUGGACCCCAGCGGAAGUGCCACAGUUAGCCGCGGCCAAACGCAGACUGCCCCCGGGAAAGGAGCCGGGCCUGAUUAACUUAUGUGCCAGCGUGCCACCCGUUCCGGGCAGCGUCUUACCCCCCGACGUCCGGGGCAGCGUAGUGGCUUCGGGACAGAACCUGCAGAGCUCUGAAAGAUCAGAAAUGAUCGCUUCUUGGAGUCCGGCGGUGCGGACGCUGAGAAACAUCACGAAUAAUGCUGACAUUCAGCAGAUCGGCCGACCGCCAAACGUGGCACACAUCCUACAGUCCCUUUCAGCGCCCACGAAAACCUUAGAGCAUCAGGUGAACCACAGCCAGCAGGGCCACGCGAACGCCGGUGCCGUGCUGUUCGGCCAAGUGAAGGUGGCCCCGGAGCCCCACCUGCCGCAGCCGCCGCCCCCGCCCCCGCCGCCGCACCCGGUCCUGCACCUUCCGCCCCAGCAGAUCCUGCAGCUCCAGCCUCAACCGCAGAUCCCGCAGCAGCCCUACGCCCCGCCGCAGCCACACCCCUUCCCGCAGCCGCCGCCCCGCCCGCAGCCGCCCCUGCAGCCGCAGCACCCGCAGCCGCCGCAGCACCUGCAGCAGCAGCUACAGCAGCACCUGCAGCAGCAGCAGCAGCUGGCCCAGCUGCAGCGCCUGCACCUGCAGCAGCACAUGCACGCGCCCGCCGCGCCCCCGCCGCCCCAGGCCCUGCAGCCCCAGGCCCCGCCCCCGCCGCAGCCGCAGCCGCCGCCGCCGCCCCCACACCCGCACCAGCACCCGCACCAGCACCCGCACCAGCUGUUUGGACACGACCCGGCAGUGGAGAUUCCCGAAGAAGGGUUCCUCCUGGGCUGUGUGUUCGCGAUUGCGGAUUAUCCCGAGCAGAUGUCUGAUAAACAGCUCCUGGCCACCUGGAAGAGGAUAAUCCAGGCGCACGGCGGCACCGUGGACCCGACGUUCUCGAGCCGAUGCACACAUCUCCUCUGCGAGAGUCAGGUCAGCGGGAUGUACGCACAGGCGAUCAGGGAGAGGAAGAGAUGUGUCACGGCGCACUGGCUAAACACCGUCCUGAAGAAGCGGAAGAUGGUGCCGCCCCACCGUGCCCUUCACUUCCCGGUGGCUUUCCCCCCCGGAGGGAAGCCGUGUUCUCAGCACAUUAUUUCUGUGACUGGAUUUGUCGACAGUGACAGGGACGACCUGAAGCUCAUGGCUUACCUGGCAGGCGCCAAGUACACGGGCUACCUGUGCCGCAGCAACACGGUGCUCAUCUGUAAAGAGCCUGCCGGUUUGAAGUACGAAAAGGCCAAGGAGUGGAGAAUACCGUGCGUGAACGCCCAGUGGCUUGGCGACAUUCUCCUGGGGAACUUCGAAGCGCUGAGACAGGCCCACUGCGGCCGCUACACGACGUUCAGUCUGCAGGAGCCCUUUGCCCCUACCCCGCACUUGGUUUUCAGUCUCCUGGAUGCCUGGAGGGUCCCGCUGAAGGUGUCGGCAGAACUGCUGAUGGGUGUGAGGCUACCUCCCAAACUGAAGCAGAACGAAGUGACCAACGUCCAGCCUUCUUCCAAAAGAGCCAGAAUUGAAGAUCUACCCCCUCCCACCAAAAAGUUAACACCAGAAUUGACCCCUUUUGUGCUUUUCACUGGAUUUGAGCCUGUGCAAGUUCAACAGUAUAUUAAGAAGCUCUACAUCCUUGGGGGCGAGGUCGCCGAGUCUGCGCAGAAAUGCACACACCUCAUCGCCAGCAAAGUGACGCGCACGGUGAAGUUCCUGACGGCCAUCUCCGUGGUGAAGCACAUCGUGACGCCGGACUGGCUGGAAGAGUGUUUCAAGUGUCAGACGUUUAUCGAUGAGCAGAACUACCUCCUCCGAGACGCUGAGGCCGAAGUGCUGUUCUCUUUCAGUCUGGAAGAGUCCUUGAAGAGGGCACACGCUUCUCCACUCUUCAAGGCAAAAUACUUUUACAUCACGCCUGGAAUCUGCCCAAGCCUGUCAACCAUGAAGGCGAUCGUGGAAUGUGCAGGGGGACGAGUAUUGUCUAAACAGCCGUCUUUCCGGAAACUUGUGGAGCACAAGCAAAAUAAGAGCUUAUCAGAGAUCAUCUUAAUAUCCUGCGAGAACGACCUGCACUUAUGUCGGGAGUAUUUCGCACGGGGCAUAGACGUCCAUAACGCAGAGUUCGUGCUCACCGGGGUGCUCACGCAGACACUGGACUAUGAAUCGUAUAAAUUUAACUGAUGGCAUCCGCACCGCGACUGGAGUCCUGGGCACGGGCCCGGCCGCGGCCGCCGUCGGGUGGACGGACCCGCUUCCUGCAGAGGCCCGCGUUUGCCAGCUGCUUUGGGAGGCAGGCGCUCUAGAGCAGGAAAACCAAUAGGAUACAUAUGCUGCAUCUUUUUAAGAUGUGUAAUUUUAUUCUGAGGAAACAUAAAUUAUGUUUUGUAUGAUAUGAAUUUAUGAGCCCACAUUAGGUUUUAUGAUUCAUUUGCCAGGUUUUUAAAUGUUUUCACAACACUGUUAACAGAACUUCAACUACAAAUAAAAUGGUGUAAAUAAAGACCUUGCUAUCUCUAAAUUAUGAUGUUAAAGAUUUGAAAUGUUUUGUACUUUGAUUAUUUUUAUUUCUUAUACUCUUUUCUUUUAUAUUGAUAUCUUGCCCACAUUUUAAAUAAAUGUACUUUUGAACUUAGAA